GCCUCCGGGCCGCCCCCCGCAUGCCCGUGCCCAGGGCGCCGCGGGGCCGGGCCGGGCCCGCUUCCUGUGCGUGUCACUCACUCAGCGGGGGAGGGGAAGCGCCGAGCAGGCGGCGGCGGUUCCUCCGCGGGCGGCGGAUCCUGCGCUAGCGGUGGCACUGGUCCGGGAAACUACUUGCUGGCAAUACCCCGGCCACCGGCAGUUUGCGGCCUGAGGCGCCGGCCCGAAGGGGCGCGGCAGUGCUGCCCAGCUGCGGGAGGCCCCGGCACCGCCGGGCCUGGGCCCUCGCGUCCCGCGGGAGGCGGCCAUGUCUACCGGUGAGGUGGAGCAGCUGUCGGCGGACCUCAGCGGGGCCGCCGGAGACGAGGAGGAGGAGUGGCUCUAUGGCGAUGAAAAUGAAGCAGAGAGACCAGAGGAAGAAAAAGCUAGUGCUCCACCCCCACCUGGAAAUGAAGAGGAAGCUGCAGAAAAUGGCGUUGUGAAAACGAAAGUGGCAGAGGCUGAGGAUGACAGUGAUAGUGAUAGUGAUGAUGAUGAAGAUGAUGUUCAAGUCACCAUAGGGGAUAUUAAAACAGGAGCUGCACAGUAUAGUUAUGGAGCGGCACCUGUGAAUCUCAACAUUAAGACAGGAGGACGAGCUUUUGGAUCUUCUGGUGCAAAAGUUAAAGGAGUGGAUCUAGAUGCACCAGGCAAUAUUAAUGGUGUGCCACUUCUAGAAGUAGAUUUAGAUUCUUUUGAAGAUAAACCUUGGAGGAAGCCAGGGGCUGAUCUCUCUGAUUAUUUCAACUAUGGGUUCAAUGAAGAUACCUGGAAAGCUUACUGUGAAAAACAAAAGAGAAUACGGAUGGGUCUUGAAAUUUUACCAGUUACCUCAACUACAAAUAAAAUUACGGCUGAAGACAAUGCUAUGGAAGUAAGACCAAGUGCAGAGAUUCACGAUGGCAGAUACCAUCUUUUUAAGGUACAGCAAGGCAGAACUGGAAAUUUGGAGAAAGAGUUGGCAGUGCAAUCGACCAAAGCUGAUUUCACAUCUCCUCCUCCCUUAUUCAAAUCAGGAAUUCCAACAAACAGGCGAUUACCGGGAACGAUAGAUGUGAUUGGACAGACAAUCACUAUCAGCAGGGUGGAAGGACGACGGCGAGCUAAUGAAAACAGCAAUAUACAGGUUCUUUCAGAACGAUCUAAUCCUGAAGUAGACAAUUUUACCAAGCCACCUCCAUUUUUCCCUCCAGGAGCUCCACCCACCCACCUUCCACCACCUCCUUUCCUCCCACCCCCUCCAACUGUCAGUACUGCUCCACCUCUAAUUCCCCCACCAGGUAUACCAAUAACAGUGCCACCACCAGGCUUUCCACCACCGCCUGGCGGUCCUCCACCUGCCCUCAUACCCACAAUAGAAAGUGGCCAUUCUUCUGGCUAUGAUGGUCGUUCUGUUCGUGCAUUUUCAUAUGGCAGUGUCACCUUUCCGCACCUUGCAGGUUCUGCUCCUUCAUGGUCUAGUCUUAUGGACACCAGCAAACAGUGGGAUUACUAUGCUCGGAGAGAGAAGGAUAGGGAACGUGAGAGAGAACGAUCCCGAGACCGAGAUCGCGACCGGGACCGGGACCGAGACAGAGACCGAGAACGAGAACGUACCAGAGACAGGGAAAGGGACCGUGAUCACAGUCCAACUCCAAGUGUGUUCAACAGUGAUGAAGAACGAUACCGAUACCGAGACUAUGCAGAAAGAAGCUACGACCGCCAUAGAACAAGUAGAGAGAAAGAAGACCGACACAGAGACAGGAGGCACAGAGAGAAAGAAGACACUAGGCACAAGUCAUCUCGAAGUAACAGCAGACGUCGUCACGACAGUGAGGAAGGGGAUAGCCACAGAAGGCACAAACACAAAAAAUCCAAAAGAAGCAAAGAAGGAAAGGAAGCCAGCGGUGAACCUGCUCCUGAACAGGAAAACACUGAAGCUGCCCCUGUGGAAUAGGCUUUUCUUUGAGCAUCCUUGCCAAGCAGACGUGCAUCAUUCCUGACGUGUUUCUACCGUUGACAGCAAGGAGAAUGUCACCACAUCUGAAAAACAAAAGGCAAAGAUGAGAGAAAAAUUAAACUGAGUAUUUCUGUUUCUUUACUGGCUAACUACUUUUCCUAAAUAAGGGAAUAAA